UAUUUUCUUUUUUGGAGCUUAAAGCUGACCUCUUUAAUGGGUUUUCUCUGAAACUUAUGUUUCCUUUAAGCUCUGAACUUUGAACCCAUUUUUUCAUUCUUUUCCAAUGACUCUCUGAUCCCACUUUCCACUUCCAUUUUCACCGGAAACUCCAAAAGCUUUGAGCUUUUUUCCUUUUUAAUUCUCUCUCCAAAAUGAAGUCUUCAACUCGGCUUGACUCAGCUGUGUUUCAACUCACACCAACUCGGACUCGGUGUGAUUUGGUUAUAUCUGCAAAUGGGAAGACAGAAAAGAUAGCCUCGGGUUUACUGAAUCCAUUUCUUGCCCACUUGAAAACUGCACAAGAACAGAUGGCCAAGGGCGGUUAUUCCAUUAUUCUUGAGCCUGAGCCUGGCAGUGAUGUUUCAUGGUUCACAAAGGGUACAGUUGAAAGGUUUGUACGUUUUGUGAGCACUCCAGAGGUAUUGGAACGUGUGUACACCUUAGAAUCUGAGAUAUUGCAGAUUGAGGAGGCAAUUGCAAUUCAAGGAAACAAUGAAACGGCACCUAGCACUGUAGAAGAAAGUCCAGCAAAACCAACGGAAAGUAUUGAAGGUAACAGAUCUUUGCUGGACAGUGGUGAUGAGAAAGCAAUCGUUCUUUACAAGCCGGGAGUGCAUCCACCUGAAUCAAAUGAAUCCGCUGCACAAGAGGGGAAUUCAAAAGUUCAGCUUUUGAAAGUCCUGGAAACUCGCAAAACGGUGCUUCAAAAAGAGCAAGGCAUGGCUUUUGCGCGUGCCGUAGCGGCUGGUUUUGACAUUGAUAACAUUUCCCCCUUGAUGUCAUUUUCUGUAUGCUUUGGAGCCUCGCGUUUAAUGGAUGCUUGUAAGAGAUUUAAGGAGUUAUGGAAGAAAAAGCAUGAAUCUGGCCAGUGGCUUGAAAUCGAAGCUGCUGAAGCAAUGUCUAGCCGAUCAGACUUUUCUGCCAUGAAUGCAUCAGGCAUUAUGCUUUCUAGUGUGGCCAAAUCAUGGCCUGAAUCCCAUGCCGAGUUUGCGUUAGAAAGUAAUGGAAAAUCAAGUAGUCUCAUCAGUACGGAUGAAAAGCCGGCCUUGGAGCACCAGCCACCCCCAGGUCCCCAAGAAUAUUUUCAAGGGCAGUUUCCACAUCAGAUGUUCCCUCCCUGGCCUAUUCAUUCCCCUCCAGGCACGGUGCCAGUUUUUCAAGCAUAUCCCAUGCAAGGCAUGCCUUACUAUCAGAACUACCCCGGGGCUGGCCCAUUUUAUCAACCACCUUAUCCGGCAGUUGAGGAUCCUAGACUAAACCCAGGUCAAAGAAUGGGACAGAAAAGGCAUUCCAUGGACAGUACUAAUGGCAAUGUUGAAUCGGAAACAUGGGAGAUCGAUGCUCACAGAACAAGGUCUUCAGAUGAUGCGGAGUUGGAGAAGGAACCGAGAAAGAGAGGCAGCAGGUCAGGUAAAAAGCAAUCAGGAGUGGUUGUUAUUCGAAACAUAAAUUACAUUGCUUCAAAGGGGCAGAACGAUUCAGAGGAUGAAUCACGAUCGGGUUCCGAUGCUGAAAUUGAUGAGGAAGAUAGAGCAGGUGGUUCGGAGAUGAGGCAUAAGAACUCAUCUAGGUCCUCAAAGAGGAAAGAAAAUAAUGUAAGAAGUUCAGCCAAUGAGGAAGAAAUAGCUUUCGGGAAGGAGGCAGAUGGCGGACACUGGCAAGCCUUCCAGAACUUCCUACUCAGAGAUGCUGAUGAAGACAAACAUGCUGGUGACCAAAGCAUGUUUUCGAUGGAAAACAAGGUUCAUUCAAAAAGGCGACAAAAUAAAGGGGGUGAAGAUCCUGUUCUUUUCGGUGGACAAGAUAUUGGUGGGUCUCACAAUGGUGGUACAAUGGAUAUGCAGAAAAUGAGUGGAAACAUGACUCGGGUGCGAAGAAGUUCAACCGAUGAACCUAUGAUUUCUAGAAGAGAUGGAUCGACAGGAGCCACGGAAGGUCAAGGUGAUGUGUUUGCUUCAGAAAUAAAAGGAAGAAGGGUGUGCUAUGGGAGGUCCACCAAUGAGGAUUUUAUGAUUGAUAGGCAAUCAGGUUUUACAGGCUCUUCAGAUCCACUGGCUGUAAAUGGAUUCGAACGUGGCACAAAUAAUGUGGAUAGGAGGUCAUCACAAAAUAUUGACGAUGCUUCCUACAUAGUUCCCUUAAGAUCGACUUCGGGUCAAGUUGGAAAUGACAACAUAAAUGCUAUUCACAUGGAUUCCGAGUUACCAUCAGCCAGUCAGAAGUCCGGGAACCAAGUAAAUUAUGAGCCAGAAGAACUGACUAUGAUGCCUCAGCGUGAAGCUGAAAAUGGGGCAAUUGGUUAUGACCCUGCAUUGGAUUAUGAAAUGCAGGCUCAUACUGCAGAUGGUGCUCCGCUGAACAAGAGAAAUAAGGAGGUCGCGACUGAUGUCAAGCAAGGAUCUAAGAAGCCGGACAAGGGCCCAAAAUCUAAACUGCUUGCAGAUGAUAAGAAGAAGAAUGUUGGGCCAAUCAGGAAAGCAAGGCCUUCAAAGUUGAGUCCUUUGGAUGAAGCGCGGGCACGCGCGGAGAAGUUGAGAACCUAUAAAGCUGAUCUGCAAAAGACGAAGAAAGAAAAGGAAGAGGCUGAUUUGAAACGGUUAGAAGCUCUUAAGAUAGAGAGGCAGAAGAGAAUUGCUUCUAGAGCGGCUACUAUCCCUGCUCAGCCAACAAGGAAAUUAGUUCCAACAAAGACAUCGCCAAGCUCUCUAAAAGGAACGAAAUUUAGCGAUUCAGAACCAGGACCAUCAUCACCACUUCAACGGUACCCCGUCAGAACCUCUUCUAUGGGAUCAAACGAUUCACAGAAGACAUCCAAAACCAGCAGGUUAAACGCAGGAAAUCGGUCGGCUGGAAAUAGGUUGACACGCUCUGCGACUUCACUGCCUGCUGCACCGAAGAAAGAGAGUAGUGGCGUUGCAAGUGAAACGAAGGCAUCUAUGGCACGUAUUAGAAGAUUGUCAGAACCGAAAAUGAGUAGCAGCCACCCUAUUUCUUCAUUGAAGGCACGGAGUGCUGGACCAUCGUCGAAAUCAAAACUAUCUGAUGGGUCCGAGAGCAAAAAAAUCUCUGCAAUAGUAAACCAUGACCGAAGCAAGGCAGCCACACUUCCAGAACUGAAAAUUCGAACAACUAAAGGACCUGAGAGCAAGCCAACAAUGAAAGAAGUCACGCAGAAGGGUAAUUUGAUCAAGUCUUCUACAACUUCUGAAGAUGCAGAAGCAAAAAGGAGAAACGAAAAAUUUUCAGAUCACAGUGAAGGGGAUGAAAACCCCAUAAUUGAAAAGAAUAUUGUGAUGCUUGAAUGUGAAAAACCUUCCAUUACUGCUGCACAAGCAUUGGAAGAAAACUUGAUUGCAGAGAACAAACAGAUUGAGAAUUUUAAAAUCGGGGAAAACACAAAGGGGGUGUCUGAUUAUGCUGCUAUCUGUGCGCCAGUUUCAAAAAUUACAAGGGACACAACUAAUGGAGAAUCCACUCAACGCAGAAUAAACGAGCAAACUACUUAUGAGGCUGCCACGGGUGAUGCGAAGAAGGAACUGCCGAAGGUUUCAGGCAUUGAUAUUACCGAAAAACCAUAUCAAGCCCCUUAUGCUCGGGUUUCUUCCCUUGAAGAUCCAUGUACCAAGAAUUCAGAGUAUGGCAAAGCAGCCUUGACAAACCUAGAGCCUGUAGCAACUAGCUCGGUGACUAUUCAAGCUCAACUGUUCGAUUCUAGAAACUUGAAACUGGAAAAGAUCCCAGAAAGUGUGGUGAAGACCCAGGUAAAGGAAUCAUCAAAGGGAUUCAGACGAUUGUUGAAGUUUGGAAGAAAGAAUAACAGUUCCGGAGGAGAAAGUCAUUCUGAAUUGGAUAAUGGCAGCGUAAACGGUUUGGAGGCAGAUGAUAAUGGGACAGGGACAAGUACUGAUGCCACUAGUGAAGGUAACAUUCGUUAUGCGUUGGUUCAUCACAUGGAACACAUAUAUCGCAAGCUCACCGAACAUGAUUAA